GGCGCACGCUGGGCGGGCAUUGUGAAGCCGGAGUGGAGCGCUAGCAGGCUAACUAGAGAAAGAAAGCUAACUAGUCGUGAGAGUGGAAGUGGAGCUAACGUUUAAAGAAGAAAAAAAAAAAGGGGGCAACUGUCAAAACAGCAAGCGGAGCAGCACAUUUUUUUUUUUUUUUUUUUUUUUUUUCUUUAAAAAAAGUGAAGUGAUAAUUCCGUGAGGAGACCACCGGAGCAGACGUGUCGCUAGUUAAUCGCAAACCGUAUUUGUCAGAUGCCCGUGGAGCAUUUUGGAUACUACAUCGAUUGUCUCAUUUCUUCCAAACGGAAACCAUUUCUGGACAGACAGUUCGUGCUUAGCUAGCUAGCUGGCUAGCUAAGUGAAACCAUCCAGGAGACGUUUUCAUUGUCGCCUAAAAAAAAAAAAUACCCCAAACUGAAUGUGUUGUCUGUCAUGAGUCCGGCCGGGUGCUCCCAUGUGAACGGUUAUAAGGUGGACAAUUGGAAACAAAACCUCCGAGUCAUAUACCAAUGCUUUGUUUGGAGUGGUACUGCUGAGACCAGGAGACGCAAGGCCAAGUCGUGCAUCUGUCAUAUGUGUGGAGCCCACCUGAACCGACUCCACUCGUGUCUCUACUGCGUCUUUUUCGGCUGCUUUACGAAGAAACACAUCCACGAGCACGCAAAAAACAAGAGACACAAUCUAGCAAUAGACCUAUUAUACGGUGGAAUAUAUUGUUUUGUGUGUCAAGACUACGUAUACGACAAAGACAUGGAGCAGAUUGCCAAAGAAGAACAGAGAAAAGCCUGGAAAUUGCAAGGUAAAGCAUUUAUUUUUUUCUCUCUCGGUAAUGUAAUGCAAGCUUUUGAAACGAGGCCGUCACGUUUAUAUUCCCUUGAAUCCACAGGCAUCGGGGAGAAAUACACAACAUGGGAGCCAACCAAGAGGGAGCUAGAAUUAUUACGACACAAUCCAAAGCGGAGGAAAAUCACUACCAACUGCACCAUAGGUUUACGAGGGUUAAUAAACCUGGGCAAUACGUGUUUCAUGAACUGUAUUGUUCAGGCUCUAACACACACGCCGCUGCUGCGAGACUUCUUUCUCUCCGACAGACACAAGUGCGAGAUGCAAUCAAACUCCUGUCUGGUGUGUGAGAUGUCGCAGCUCUUUCAGGAGUUCUACUCGGGCCACCGUUCGCCCCACAUUCCCUUCCGGCUGCUGCACCUGGUGUGGACUCACGCACGUCACCUCGCGGGCUACGAGCAGCAAGACGCCCACGAGUUCCUUAUCGCAGCAUUGGAUGUACUCCACAGGCACUGCAAAGGGGACACCAUCCGAGAUGACAAUGGGAAGAAGGCCAACAAUCCAAACCACUGUAACUGCAUCAUUGACCAAAUCUUCACUGGGGGUCUGCAAUCGGAUGUCACCUGUCAAGUCUGCCAUGGGGUUUCCACAACGAUAGAUCCAUUCUGGGACAUUAGUCUGGACCUUCCUGGCUCAUCCACCCCUUUCUGGCCCCUCAGCCCUGGAGGGGAUGGCAGCACAGUCAAUGGAGAGAGCCACCUGUCAGGGUCCACCACUCUCACAGACUGCCUACGCAGGUUUACGCGACCCGAGCAUCUAGGAAGCAGUGCCAAAAUCAAGUGUGGCGGUUGCCAUAGUUACCAGGAGUCCACCAAACAGCUGACAAUGAAGAAGCUCCCCAUCGUAGCGUGUUUCCAUCUCAAACGGUUUGAGCACUCUGCUAAACUGCGGCGAAAGAUCACUACAUAUGUUUCCUUCCCCCUAGAGUUGGACAUGACGCCCUUCAUGGCAUCCAGUAAAGAGAGCAGAAUGAACGGGCAGUAUCAACAGACGGUUGAUGUACUAAACAACGACAAUAAGUAUUCCUUGUUCGCUGUGGUCAACCACCAGGGCACGUUAGAGAGUGGCCACUACACCAGCUUCAUCCGCCAGCACAAAGACCAGUGGUUCAAAUGCGAUGAUGCCAUAAUCACCAAGGCCAGCAUUAAGGAUGUACUCGAUAGUGAAGGGUAUCUCUUAUUCUACCAUAAACAGUUCCUUGAGUACGAGUGAGUCGUCUUUUGUGGCCACUGACCAUGAAGAACCACUGCUUCUAAUGAGAGAGUCAAGGGCCUGGGGACAGGAUCAAACACAAAACACACAAACCUACCUGAAACUCUUUGACUACCAGUCUUUGCUCCUCCAGCUCUGGAGGACAACAAUAUAAAGACGUGUGAAAUCCUGCAACCUUACAAAAAAAAAAAAAGAAGAAAAAAAAAAAGAGGAAAACAAGCACUGAGCUACUUCUUGGCAUCUACUUGACAAAACUGAAUGAACAGGAGAGAUGGAGGAAGAGUCGGCCGGUGGCAGAGGGGAGAGGCCCCCCCCCCCCCUCUCCCUUCCCUUACCUGCUGCAGGGGGCUGUCUGAGUGGGACUGGCUGUCAUGUUGGGCACACCUGGAGUUUUCUUACAGUAUUCUGAACCCCCCCCCCACCCCACACACACACACACACACACACACACACCCUCCAUUUCUCUCCGAUGGUGCUCUCGUUUCAACUGACCAAGCAUUUUACUUGAUGAAAGACAGUUUGUUGUCGUAUGCAUAUAGAACUGAAAAAAAAAAAAAAAAGAACAAGAAUAGAAUCGUAAGAAACUUAUUAAGGACUUUGCAAGGACAUUUUAACGGUAUGGUUAUGAUUCUUUAUCAUUUGUGAAUUGUGUUAUUAAAUACUGUGUGAAUAUAGUAUACAUCUAUUUUUUAAAGGGCAAAAAGAAAAAAACAUGGGAGAGCUUAGAGACGCUGCCUUUGCCAGUUGCUGGGGAAGUGCUGCCAUGGAAACUAAGCAGACCUGAGUGUGCUCAUGUUCCAUUAUAUACUGUGUUGAUUGUUUUAUUUUUAAGUCUGGUUGAGGGCAGGGAAUAUAUAUAUUUUUUAGCAACUCAUUGAAUUUUUGUUUACUGUUCUUUUCAGUCUUUUUUUAAAUUUUUUUUAAAAUAUAUUUCCAGUACAGUCAUGUGUCCCUCGCUGUCCUGGUACUGGAAAUGUUUUUUGGACGUAUUAUACUUUCAUUCUUGUGGAAUUGUUGGUAUAAUGAUGGUGAUGGUUAAAUUGGCUCACCUUUUUUUGCUGUUUAUGACUUGUAUGUUGAGUGUGAGCUUUGGGUUUCGUCUGGCAUUCUGAAGAGAAGACUCCAUACCUGAGGUCCUAUAACGCGGGAGAAUGCCGUCCGUGGUCUCUCUUGAACACCUUGAAUGCUCUGUGCAAAAAAAAAAAAAAAAACAAAGAA